CCGGAGGACCUUAAGCCACUUUUUCUUUUUUUGGUUGUUUCAGUUUAAAAAAAAAAAAAAAACUCAAGAAAUGAAAAGAGAAGAGACUACAAAGAAUCGGCAUUUCCUCGCCGAUAAAAGAUGGUUUAUGCCUAUUACCAUAGCCGGCUUUAUUGCCGGGACGAUACUUAUCUCGAGCUUCAUAAAAACCGCCGAUUACUCCAUACUAUGUUCGCUCGCCAAAACCAGAUCCAUAGCCGUAGAGGAAUACUCCUCCUCGCCGGUCCAACUCCAAGCUAUCAUCCACUACGCCACUUCAUCAAUAGUCCCGCAGCAGAACUUCAAGGAGAUCUCCGUAACCUUUGACGUACUCAAGAAACGCUCUCCUUGUAAUUUCCUCGUCUUUGGGCUCGGCUACGACUCCCUCAUGUGGACCUCCCUCAAUCCCAAUGGCAACACUAUUUUCCUGGAAGAGGAUCCCAAAUGGGUUCAGUCUGUGCUCAAAGACGCCCCGAUCCUCCAAGCUCACGCGGUAAAGUACCGUACGGAGCUCAAGGAAGCUGACGAUCUACUCAUCCAUUAUCGAUCGGAACCGAGCUGUUACCCGUCGAAAGCUUACUUACGCGGAAACGAAAAGUGCAGGCUUGCGUUAACGGGGUUUCCCGAUGAGUUUUACGAUACCGAGUGGGAUUUGAUAAUGAUCGAUGCGCCUCGUGGAUACUUCCCGGAGGCACCAGGGAGGAUGGCGGCGAUAUUCUCGGCGGCUGUGAUGGCGAGGAACAGGAAAGGGUCGGGUGUGACGCACGUGUUCUUGCACGAUGUUAAUCGGCGAGUGGAGAAAGUUUUCGCCGAGGAAUUUUUGUGCCGGAAGUACUUGGUGAAGAGCGAGGGGAGACUUUGGCAUUUCGAGAUUCCACCAGCUUCCAACAGUAGCAGCGAUGACAGUGCCGGGUUUUGCUAAAAUGCGCCUUUUAAAAAAAUUUAAAACAAAUCUUAUAUUUAGUUAUUAAUAAAAUUAAUUUUUUUGAAAUAUUAAUUUUACUUUGUACUACUACCUGAUAAAUUAAAAUAUGGACGACGAUAUUGCCGGAGUUGUGAUGAUGAGAUAUACGUUUAAUAUAAUUAAAAGACAGGUGGACAUGGUUUAGGGUUGCCACUGCUAAAGUGGUGAGGCAAGCCCAUUUCACUUUAUUUUUUCUCCUCCUACUGUUUAAAUUCUUGUCCUAGUUGAGUAAAUGAGAUAAUUUUGGUAAAGUACCAUAGUGGUCUUUGGAAUAUGUUUUGUAAGCAAAGUCAUUCCUUCCAUCCAUCGUGUUGAGCAUUUGAAAAUGUAAUAAAAGUUGUUCUAUGUAUCUCUUGAUGUUUCUCGGAGAUAACUUUGUUUAUGGA